AUGACCUCAGCUCUGUCUCCCCAGAUCGCCUUCAUGACGCUGACGCUCUUCCCCGUCCGGCUGCUGCUCGUCCUGGCCGCCAUGCUGCUCGCCUGGCCCCUCGCGCUCCUCGCCACGCUGGGGUCCGCGGAGAGAGAGCCUGCACCGUCCCCAGCCUUGUGGGAGAAGGUCGUGGACUUCCUGCUCAGGGCCAUCAUGCGCACCAUGUGGUUUGCCGGCGGCUUCCACUGGGUGGUGGUGAAGGGGAGGCAGGCCCUGCCCUCUGAGGCUGCCAUCCUCACCCUGGCACCACAUUCCUCCUACUUUGAUGCCAUCGUCGUCACCAUGACCAUGUCCUCCAUCGUGAUGAAGGCAGAGAGCCGAAACAUCCCAAUAUGGGGAACUCUGAUCAAGUACAUUCGGCCAGUGUUCGUGUCCCGCUCGGACCAGGACUCACGCAGGAAGACCGUGGAGGAGAUCAGGAGGCGGGCGCAGUCCAAUGGGAAGUGGCCGCAGAUAAUGAUUUUUCCAGAAGGAACAUGUACCAAUAGGACCUGCCUAAUUACGUUCAAGCCUGGCGCCUUCAUCCCCGGGGUCCCCGUGCAGCCUGUGGUUCUGCGGUAUCCGAACAAGCUGGACACCAUCACGUGGACGUGGCAAGGACCCGGAGCGUUGAAAAUCCUGUGGCUCACGCUGUGUCAGUUUCACAAUCGAGUGGAAAUCGAGUUCCUUCCCGUGUACAGCCCCUCGGAGGAGGAGAAGAAGGACCCCGCGCUCUUCGCCGGCAACGUGCGGCGCGUCAUGGCGGAGGCCCUGGGCGUGUCCGUCACCGACUACACGUAUGACGACUGCCAGCUGGCCCUGGCGGGAGGACAGCUCCGUCUCCCCUCGGACACCUGCCUUCUCGAGUUCGCCAGGCUGGUGAGGGGCCUGGGGCUGAAACCGGAAACGCUUGAGAAGGAUCUGGAUAGAUAUUCCGACAGCGCCAGGAUGCAGAGGGGAGGCAGGAUGGGGCUCCCCGAGCUCGCCGCGCACCUGGGCGUCCCCGCCUCGGACACGCUGCGGGACAUGCUCGCCCUGUUUGAUGAGAACGGAGACGGCACGCUGGACCCUCGGGAGUGUGUGAUUGCCCUGUCAGUCGUCUGCCGGCCGGCCCGGACCCUGGACACGAUCCGGCUGGCGUUCAAGAUGUACGGGUCGCAGGACGGCAGCAUCGGGGAAGACGCCCUGUCCAGCAUCCUCAAGACCGCCUUAGGGGUGGCCGAGCUCUCCGUCACCGACCUCUUCCGGGCCAUCGACCAGGAGGAGAUGGGGAGGAUCACGUUUGCCGACUUCCGCAGGUUCGCAGAGGCGGUCCCCGACUUCGCCGAGGACUACCUCUACCCCGACCAGCCGCGCCCCGACAGCUGCCCGGCCCCGGUCCCCAACGGCUUCUGCGCGGACUUCAGCCCUGAAAGCUCGGGCGCCGGGAGGAGACCUGUCCGUGAGAAGCUGGACUAGGUGGCCGCCUCUGCGGGGCCAUGUCACCGCCCGCCUGCACGGGGCCGUGCGUGUGCUGGCCUCGGGCCCCGCGCGGCCCUGGGCGCUCCCACCCUGCUCCUCGGGCCGCCCCCGU